AUGAGUCAACCACCUCGUCCUAGCAAUAUCAGCCACACACUUCCUCCCGAGAUUAUUUGCGAGGUGAUGGUGUAUGCUCUGGAUCCUCAUGCUCUCAUCAGCAGUAUCAGCAGAAUGCGGCAUGUCAGUCGUUCUUGGUUCGGAGUAACAGAGAGUCGAGUGUUUUGGCAACUUGUGGUCGAGGCUUGCCGACCUCCCCGACCUAAUAAACGAGAUUGCUCUUCCAAUGAAUGUAAGAUCAUCACCACGGUGAAGGAGGAUGAUGCGUUGGGUGAGGUUGAACAAGAGAAUGUUCUUGAACAAGAUGAAAUGGAAGAGGCUCUUGAUGAUGAUGAUGCCAUACUUGUAGAUAUUUACAACGAAGAAGAGGAUAUCCUUGAUGAGAAUGAUGAUAAUCGUUGGGAAGAUUUAGAGGAAGCUCUUCCUGGUACCAGUUCACUGUUGGAAACAUUAUCCGAGAGUUAUUCCAAUCCAACUGAUUCCGAAGAAGAUUGCAAUUCCUACAACAGUUUUCAUGGACACUUUUUCAAGACUCAUGAAUUCAUCGAUACAUUGUUACAUCAAACUCAAUUCAACAAGUUUUACUUUUUGAACGAUCAGCACCAACAGCAUCCACAACAAAUGGAUGGAUUUUUAGGAUUCCGAAUGUUCCUUGAUGACAAAUCUUAUAUGGAUCCAACACCUCAUGAUGAUGAUCCUUCCUUGUUCUUGCCCAAAGCAGAUCCAGCCAACAACCAUCACGAAACUGUGUGCUCUCUGUUUCAUGAAAAAGUGGUGUCUUGGAUUGAUGCAUUUGGCAUGCAUGACCAUGGAGAGAAUGUAUUGUUGAAGGCCUUGUUGGAAAUUUCACUGGGACAUGAAACCAUUGAGUAUUUGGGAAUGAGGAAUAUGGGAACUUGUGUUCAGGCGUUUUUUCACAAACUCUUCGAACCUGCCAUGUUGUUGGUAAGAGAAUGGUUUCAAAUCUCUCCUAACAACAGCAAGCCAAAAGAAAUUAAUCCUUUCACGGCCAUUCGUGACACACCGCACACAAGUACACAAGAGCUCUUUUUCAACAAGAAUUUACUUCAAUUUUUAAAAGAUAAUAAUUCGCAUCAGAAAGAACAAUCCAUAUUUAAGCAAGACAUUGGAGGUGCAUGGAAUGAUCACGAUUCUUUUUAUCAUGUCAUUCCAAGGCAAUAUCUGUUAUUCAUGAUUGAACAUUUUACGAAUAUGAAUGUUGUGGUAAAUCGAGAAGGUGACACACAAGAUGUUGUGACAUUUGUCAUGGAACAAUUAUAUCAGUGUGGACUUCAUGUUGAGAAUGUGAUUUUUCAUGACUUGUCUCUUCAUUUGAGAAAUUUCGAGAGAACAGAAGCACUUCGACGAAUUAUUCCUCCAAUGUCAAGUGGUUUUUACUUGCAACAUUUGGCAGUUUGGACUCAAAAUCUUUCAUUGCUUCAUUGGUGCCUGACUGUGAACAAUAAGGAUUGUCAUGCAAAAAUUGUGGACGUAUUGACACCAAAAGCGUCAUUUUCUGACAUGAUUCCAAGGUCUUUGACAUUCCAGUCUUACCUUAGAACAUGUUUACAGGAUUCGUGUGGACUCACAAUUCUUCAUUACGCUGUUGCAAUGAGAAGUUUAGAAUUUGUUAGAGUAUUAUUGAACCAUUAUUUCUGCCAUCCAUUCAUCAUGUCUAAUUUCAAAGAAUCACCCCUUUCUUUGGCUUACAAAAUCAGUACUCAUCACGUUGGAAAAACCAAAAACAAUGUUGAGCAAGCAAUGUUAGAUCUUUUCACACAACGUUAUCAAUUACCUGAAACUUGCUUAACAGAGACUGAAACAAAUGUUACUUCAUGUCCUAAACUCAACGACGAUGAAAAGUUAAUCACACAACGACAGGAAGUUGAUUCAUGGUACAAUAUCAGUACAGGAGAAUGGCAAGAACGUGAAGACGAUUUAGAACUCAAUGUCAACAAAGUCGUAGAAAAACACGGUGAACUAAAGUCCACAGAAUUUAGUAGUAGUGACGACGAGGAGAAUUGCUAUUACGAAUCCGAUGAAUUUGAGUAUGAAGAAUGUAUUUCAUUGGACUGGAUGAAAAAACAAAUCAAAAAUUUCUCUUCACAAACAUUUCAAAAAGAUACCUGCAGUGGUGAUCACAACGUAGAACUCGAUCACAACGAGUCUGAACAAUGUCAUUCAGAUGAAAAUGAAGCAUCAUUGACUGGACAUGACCCAAAUUCCUUGAAAAGAAAACGACAUGAUCCUGUGUAUCGAGAAUUUGGUCCAAUGGAAGAUUUCACCGAAUAUUUUGAAGAAUUGAUAUCAAAUUUUGAGCAAGUUGAAAAAGAAGAAGAAUCUUCUGAUUUUUAUCCAACUUGUCGUGUUAAAAUUUUAGAACGAACAUUUGACAGCAACAAAAAACAGAAACUUUCUGAUCCGAACGUGUUGAUCAACAGAGGAAACUACUGUAUCAUUCCAAAAAGACCGUUCAAUAGAUGUGUCAAUGAAAUUGGACAGUAUUAUAGAGCUGAAUUAUUAUUCAUGCCACAUGCUAAAAUGAUGCUUCAACAACAUACUGAAUCUGUAACUAGGAGAGUGUUUGAACUUGCUUCACACAUUUCUCUGUUUAUGGGUUAUGAUCAUGUCACGACAGAAUUUGUGUUGGCAGCCAAUAUGAUUUUAUCUCAACACUCUGUUCCAUCACAACGAAUGGGGCAUGUAGUUGAGAUGCAUUUGAAAGAAGUGAGUGAAGGAAACCAUGUCAGCAAGCACCUCCAUGACAUGAUUGCAAGUUAUGACAUGGAUCUGUUGACAUUGAUAACAAUGGAAGAUGAUGUUGAGGGCACGAUUCCCGAUGAUGACUACGAUAGUUCAAUAUCGACAUGUUCCGACGAUAGCUGUACCUCCAUUACUGCACUUUGUUUUGCGUUAGAUAGAGCAGAAGGCUUUAACGACAGUUACUCUGUGUAUGCAGACAAUCCCACGAAGCAAAAGCAAUACGCACCAUUUAUUAAGAAGUUUACAGGAAGUGAUGGUUAUGAAAGAAGUGCGCAAGUUGAGGUUCAUAGAAACUCGUUGAGCCUGUAUGUGCACACCAAUGAGAGAGACUUGGCUGUACUGUGGGCUGAUGGUCAUUUGGAUGACUGUAUCGAACACCAAAGAAACAAUCCUGGUUUGUCUUUGAAAUAA